CUUUACGAUCGUACAUUAAAAAAUAGACAAAUAAUAGUAUGAGUACGAUUUAAAUCGUAUAUCUGUCAACCCUGCUAGCAAGACAGCGACAAAAUCACGUUGCAUAACAAUGUAGCCCAAGCUUAUAUCUUAUGAAAUAUACGGAAGAGAUACGGACUUAGAAAAAACAGAAAUGUUGUUCUUUGUGGAAGUCAUUGAUGAAAUUCUAUGUAUUUUAGCCCGCAAACUUUCUUCAAACAAAAACAGCGCCAUCUAGUAUCGAGUUCUGUAAUUAUCUCUUUGUUUAUGGAUUUGAAGUAAGACCGCCACGCAUGCAAUACAUUAUGACUGGGGAUUCCCCUAUUCGUCGACGCUGAAUAUGAGGCGACGACAAUCACUGUCAAACGUGUUCACUAUUACUCUGACUCUGGUAACGUGACUUCCUGGUAACGUGUUAGGUAGGAAAAGCAGUAAAAAAGUGCAUAUUAAGGGAGCAGAUUUGAAAUAAUAUUUAUACUUAACAAGAAAUAAUUAAAGGUUCAAUGGGGAGACCUAAAGAUUUACGCAUAUGGGAGCACUACCGUACUUUACCAAACAAGUCUGUUUCUUGCAAGCUUUGUAAUAAGGUCUACAAAUUCAGUAAUGCUGCCAAAAUGCUUCAACAUCUUAUCACUUGUCCAAAAUCUCCAGAAACAUUAAAAGACUCUAUGAAACUUAUAAAAGAUAGCUCGUCCAAAACCAAAAUGUCUGGACUGUCAGAGAUAGAGACAAAUGAUUCUUUUAUAAGCCCCUCGUCGUCUGCUAACACUACAAUAAAUGCUGAGUUUCAAGACACCGAUGAUCAUAUAAAAACAGAAUUAGCGAGAGCUAUAUUUGUAACAGGGACGCCAUUAUCGAUGGUGCAACAUCCUUUAUGGAUACAAUUUUUCGAAAAAUUGCAACCAAAAUUUAAAAUACCUUCACGUAAAGCUUUAGCGACAAAAUACUUAGAUAAAAUAUAUAGAGAAAUGCGUUUUGAGUUAAAUGAGGAACUAAAUGCUUGUAGUUACUUACACCUUCAGUGCGAUGGCUGGUCUAAUUUAAGAAAUGAAGGAAUAAUAAACUUUCUUAUAUCAAAACCUCAACCUGCAUACGUUAAAAGUUUGAAUACAGAAAGUAAUCCUCACACUAGUGAAUACCUUAGCCAAGAAGUUGAAAAAGUAAUGAAAGUGUAUGGAGCAAAUAAGUUUCUUGUACUUAUUAGCGAUAACGCUAGAAAUAUACAAAAGGCAUUCGAAUUAACAAAACUCAAAUAUCCACAUGUUGUUCCUCUCGGUUGCUGUGCACAUAUCCUUAACUUGUUGUGCCAAGAUAUUGUAAAGAUACAAGAAGUAACUGUGUUUAUUAUGCAAGCCAUAAAUAUAAUAAAAACUGUUAAAAGGAGUCAACGAUUAAGUUCCUUGUUGAUAAAAUCAAGGCAGGGUGAAGAUUCUACACAAACACUAAAAUUGCCUUGUGCUACAAGAUGGGGAAGUCAUGUUACUUCGUUAAAAAGUUUGAAAGCAAAUAAGAUAGCUUUGCAAAUAUUAACAGUUAGAGAAGAUGUGGUAAUUUCAAGAGAUAUUAAAGAUUUAAUUCUAAGUGAUGAUUUCUGGACGAAGACAGGGGAAUGUAUAAGUAUUUUGGAACCAGUCACUGAAAGCAUAUUUUACUUAGAGAGCGACCAGAAUCGUUUGCAUCGCACAUACAUUACAUUUAGAGAUGUACAAGCUAAGAUACGUUUUGCAUUAAAUGAGAUUUCGACAUUGAGCGAAGAAAGCAAACAGCAGAUUCUAACAUCAGUAUCUUCAAGAUGCAAUAUGGCAAUGAGGCCAAUACAUUUUGCAGCAUAUAUUCUAGACCCCAGGACUCUAGGAGUCGAACUUACUCAAGAGGAAGAACUUAAGGGUAUGGAGUUUAUCUACAAUUUAAGCCAACACUUAAGUUUGUCAAAUGUAAUGGCAGAUUUGGCGUGUUAUAAAGCUAAAGAAAACUUUUGGGCCAGAGGAUUUGUAUGGAGCUCAUUAGAUAGCAUUGAGCCCCUAAUAUGGUGGAAAGGUAUUUGUGGUUCCACUGAGUUAAGCAAAGUAGCGAUUCGUAUUCUAUCAGCUCCCUGUACUUCGGCAGCCACUGAGCGUUCCUUUAGUAUCCAAGGCUACAUACAUAAUAACAAAAGAAAUCGACUUACAACUGAAAGAACUGAAAAAAUUUCAUUCAUUUGUUAUAACUGGAAUCUUAAACAUAAAGCUGAAUGCGAGGACAUUCAGUUUAAUGAAGAAAAUACCUUAGAAGCUUUCAUUGAGCAAGUAAAUGAACAUAACAGUUUAGACGAAAUAGAGCCUAUCGAACCUAUACAAUUCAUCGCUUGUAAUAACUCUGAAUCUGACAGUGAUUGACUGUAGUUUUACAUUUUACUUUCAUCUCUUUCUUAAUAAACUCAAAAUCAAAUUAAAAGUUUUUUAUUCUGUAGGCUGCAUAAUAAUAUUGUCUAUGUCCAGUAUAGUGGACGUCUUGCGGCUGAGAUGACGAUGAUGAAGUACAAAAUCAUAAACACCCAAAAAUUUGGGUGUUUAUGGGGUUUAAACCCAAUAAACCCAAAACACCCGGUUUUUACCCACCAGACUUUAAACCCACCCAGGUGGAUUGCCCAUCUCUAAC